GCCAUACACACUCGCGAUUAAAGUUGCAUUCAAUUUCCUCUCUCUCUCUCUGCAGAUACGCAUCUGAGUUUUUUUAAAUGAGGAUUCAUAAUGCUGUAUAAGAAGCAUAUAGGUGGUUUCCCUCAUUAAUUUUAUUAGGUAAAAUAUUUAUAAUAUCCUCAAAAGAAUACUAUGGAGUAACUAAUGAAUUAAUUUAUUGUAUUAAUUUUUUUCUUUUUUCUUUAUGCAUAGUACUUCGUAUAUAUACAUACGAAUCAUCACCACAGAUUCUAGCUCAGUGUUUACCUCUCACCUUGUAGUGCGUGUUGUUUGAUCGUAGCUAAAACCCUAGAAAUGGUAGGAGAAGGACCCGACUGCAAAGAUUCCAUGGCCAAGCUGAAGAAAGGGCCGUGGACCAGAGAGGAAGACCAGAAACUACUCGCCUAUAUCGAAGAACACGGCCAUGGCAGCUGGCGCACCCUCCCUUCUAAAGCAGGGUUGCAGAGGUGCGGGAAGAGCUGCAGAUUGAGAUGGACGAACUAUCUGAGACCUGAUAUUAAGAGAGGAAAGUUCAGUACGCACGAGGAGAAGACAAUCAUUAGACUCCAUGCUCUUUUAGGCAACAGGUGGUCAGUGAUAGCAGCUCAUUUAUCAAAACGAACCGAUAACGAGAUCAAAAACUACUGGAACACCCGGCUCAAGAAACGGUUAACCCGGAUGGGCAUCGACCCGGCAACCCACAAGCCGAAGAGCAACUCGGGUCAGUCGCGGCAGCAUGCGGACCUCAGCCACAUGGCUCAGUGGGAAGCCGCGCGGCUCGAAGCCGAGGCCAGGCUUGCCCGGGAGUCGAAGCUCCCGCUCCUCCACAAACUAAGCUCCGUGGCGCCACCAGCUCCGCCGCGGCACAUGGCAGCGCUGCCGUGCCUGGACGUGCUCAAGGUGUGGCAGUCGAGCGCCAUCCCCAGCUGCUUCUUCAGAUCAGCGGCAAGCUGCAGCAGUCUAGAGUCGCCGACCUCAACCCUAAACUUCUCCUGCAGCAGCAGCCUCCCGGCACCGGUGGCGGCGAACGAGAUCGUGGCGGCGGAGACUGAGGGCAACAUGGACAUUUCGUAUCCCCCGUACGAUGUUUACAGCUCGAACUACGACUGCGCGUUUAGUCAAGACUCCGGCAUGGGGGGCGACCUCGUCGGAGAAAUGGAAGAGAGUAAGGUUUACUGGAAUCACUUGCUGAAUCUGGUAAGCUCGCCGAUGAUGGAGCUGCCGACGUUGUAGGGAAUAAUGUACCAUUCAUCCAGAUUAGUGUUUAGGGUUAACGUAGCCAAUUUAGGUGUUGUUUCUAAUUAGUUGUUCAUGUUUUAAUUCUCGCAUGUUUCACACGUAAGAUAAGUUAAGAGACGUGUACACGACAAUGAUUGGAUUAGCUAGCUAGCUAGGGUUUCCCAACCUGGAAAAAUAUGCUCUUUAAUUGCA